GCCCCGUUGCUGUUCUGUAUCUGAGCUAUCACCAAGUCAGGAGCAAAGUGCAGCUGUUGGGUCAAACACAGGCAACGCUGGCAUUAUACUUCACUUUUCUUCACCGGAACAAGAUAAUUAGAAAAUAAUAUAGUGAGGAGGGACAUCAAGAAACCAGCAAGCAUGGAAACGACCUCUUCAAUCAUCAAGUAAGUGAGGAUAAGUUUUGGCUGUUUUAUUGAUUUGUGGUCUCUUUGUUUGUUUGACGACAUCAACAAGAUUGUGUCAACUCAGUGCUACAAGAUAUACAUUUCAGCUUUGUUACUAGAGAAAGAUUCAGUGUUUGCUUGUCAUAUAGAUUAGGGUAACAGCUUUAUUGGGGGAAAUUGAAAUAUUUGUAUAAAUGGCGACAUCUGUACUUUUCCUACUAUGACCAGUUGAACUCUCAGAGUAUAUUUUCACCUUUCUGUCGUUUUUUUCUCAGAUCUGUAACAAAGCGAGUGUGGUCUCCAACUCAGCGGCCUUUCCGAGUUUGUAGUCAUGACAGGGAGACCAGGAAGGGCAUCACAGCAGGGACCCUGGAGGAGCUGAAAGAGAGGGUGAGACCGACUGUGAGAGAUAAAAUAAUGCUGUUACAGAGUAAACAACUCUGAGCCGUAGAUAUCCAAACGUAGGCAUUGAAUUCAAGCUUGUUGCAUACUAAUUCAAGGGACUUUCCAUAAGGUCAGAUUAGCGGGGUAUUAAAUUAGCAUUUUACAUAUUUACAUUGUAAUGAAAGUUGUUGCUUAAUGAUGUGAUUUUACUUAAAAAAGAAAGAAAAACAGCUGUUUGUUCUGAAUUAGCUUCUCUGAAACACAAAAAUACAAAAGCCAAUGGAUUGACUCGAUUAAAUGAAUCCUCUUUGAUCACAACAAGGGUUAUUUCACAAUCUCAUGGAUCUGAUGACUCAGAUAAAUGACAUCAUGAAUGAAGUGAUUGCUGUAUGUAUUAAAAUGUUUGGAACAAUCAAAUAUCAAUUUAUCGUUAAAGUCUUCCGUGUGAAAUGAUGAAAAAUACCUUUCCCCUUGUUAAAAUGUGGGAGUACAAGGGGGGACACAGCGUACAGUCUUACCCAGCAGGGUUGAGUAUUUUGUUUCUGUGCUGCAGGUGUGCCAGGCGUUGCUCCUGUCCCUGUCUGCGGUAUCUCUGUCGCUGGUUUGUGAGGAGGACGGCACAGAGGUCGACUCUGAUGAGUUUCUUACGACUCUGCCGGACAACACCAUACUCAUGGCGCUGGAGCCCAAACAGACAUGGAAACCACCAGCUGUAUGUUUAAACCAAGUAGAUUAAAAAAAAACAACAUUUAUGAUUCACUGUAAUGGCAUUUAAUCGAUGUGUCUGUCAUCUUCAAUCCUAAAGGGUGCGGUCAUGAUCAAAUCUCAAGACAAAAACAAGCCAAGGACCGGGAGAGACAUAGCUCGGGUGACUUUUGACCUUUACAAGAUGAGCCCCAAAGAUCUGUUUGGUUCCCUGAGUGUGAAGGCCACGUUUCAAGGUCUGUACUCUGUGAGUGCUGACUUUCAGUGCCUGGGGCCCAAGAAGAUCCUCAGGUAAGAUGAAGGGGAAGAGUUUAGAGGUCAAUAUAAAAAUAGACAUAGUUGAAAGGCUACAUUUAGUUUCUAUCAAAAUUCAUAGAAAUGAGUGUAUGCAUCAGUGCAUGUAAAUUGUAAAAAAGUACCAUUUUUGAACACUAGGUGGAGCCUUGGUUAGUAGAGUGGAAAGGUCUUUAGGUUUCAGGUUUGUCUGCAAGUGUGAAAUGAAGUCUUGGAUUUUUUUCUCAUGUUGGUGUGUGUCAUUGUGUUAUAUUACACUUUGUACGUAAAUCAACUAACAUAAUUUGAAUGGACAAGACUCAUCAAAACAAGAGGAACUUUUCAACACUAGUUUGUGUUUCAGCCCGCCACACUUUCACCUUUGUAACUUCGUUUGAUUUUGUUUGGUUUGUUGAAAUAGAGAAAUAGUUUGAUAAAGUCAACAGAUCCUCUCAAAUCAGAGGGCGAUCAGCUUGUUCAAAGUCUAAGUUUAGCACGCACUGCCAGGGGAAAAAAUAAAUAAAAACAUCUCACUUAUCAUUCUGAUGGCACUCUAUCUUGGUUGUUUUUCAGAGAAACCCUGCGUGUGGCCUCCGCCCUUCUACAAGCUGCAGGACACCUGCUUAUCACUUCAGCCUCCAUGAUCCGCCGGAUUAUCGAAGGGGCUGAGCUUUGGCAGCCUCAGAGGGCGGAGUACACAGCCAGCUGGAACUGAUGAAUCACAAAUGUAGCUGUACCAGUCUGACACCAUUACAGGAGCUUUGAAGACUUUCCCCAUUAAAUCGCAACUAAUUGGAAAUAUAUUAGUCGGUAUGUUUACUGCAGUUCACCUCCAUGAAAUUUAAGAAGAAAAAAAGUAUUUGACAUGAACAUCUCUUGAGCUAUGACUUUAUUUAAGAAUGUAACUGGCAUAAAAACAACAAAAUCUUUCAUGCCGAGGUAGCACACAAUGUUGGAGAAAGAGUGUCAUAACCAGAAAUGCACUUUUUGAAUUAAUGUGCAAUAUAUUUGAAAAACAUACAUAUGAAUUACACUGUGUGAACUAUGUAGUUCAAACUUAUGUAGGUGAUUAAAAACCACUGAAAGAACAUACUUA